CCCUUACCCUCCCUUUCCCCCCUCCUUUUCCCCUUUUCCCUAUUUCCCCCUUUCUCCCAUUUUCCCCUUUCCCCCUCUUUUUCCCUCAUUCCUCUUUUUCUCCCUCCUUCCACUCCUUUCCCCCUCCUUUAUCCCUUACCCCCCUCAUUUAUCCCCAUCCAUCCUUUUCCUUUUCCCCCCAUUUUUUUUCCCCUUUCCCUCUUUCCCUUUUUACAUUAUUUCUCCACCGCCUCAACCUCCCUCACCGCCCAGUUCUCUGCCUCCUCCCGCACCCCCCCCCUCCCUACCUACCUCCCCUUUUUCAUAACUCGGCCAGGAGCGAUCUGGAGGGGGGGGGCCGAGGAGCCAAGCAAACCUGUAGCGGCGGAGCCAGCUGGUGGAGAGGGAGAAGAUGCCAUUCCACCAUGUAACAGCUGGCUUGUUGUACAAAGGCAACUACCUGAACCGAUCGCUCUCCGCUGGCAGCGACAGCGAGCAGCUCGCCAACAUCUCUGUGGAGGAACUGGAUGAAAUCCGUGAAGCUUUCCGGGUGCUGGACAGGGAUGGGAAUGGCUUUAUCUCCAAGCAGGAGCUGGGCAUGGCCAUGCGCUCGUUGGGGUACAUGCCCAGUGAGGUGGAGCUGGCAAUCAUCAUGCAACGCCUGGACAUGGAUGGGGAUGGCCAGGUUGAUUUUGAUGAAUUUAUGACUAUUCUGGGACCUAAGCUGGUAUCGUCGGAAGGCAGAGAUGGCUUUCUGGGAAACACAAUAGACAGCAUAUUCUGGCAGUUCGACAUGCAGAGGAUAACGCUAGAAGAGCUGAAGCACAUCCUGUACCAUGCCUUCCGGGACCACCUAACGAUGAAGGACAUCGAGAACAUCAUUAUCAACGAGGAGGAGAGUUUAAAUGAAAACUCCGGCAAUUGCCAAACAGAGUUUGAAGUGCACGCCCAGAAGCAGAACAGACAGACCUGCGUCCGGAAGAGCCUUAUCUGCGCAUUUGCCAUGGCCUUUAUUAUAAGCGUGAUGCUGAUUGCGGCCAACCAGAUCCUGCGGAGCGGCAUGGAGUAGCCUCUCACCAUGACACUGUGACCCAAACUGACCAUGCAUGCGCAUGCCACCGGGUGAGCUUCCCCCGAACCGACUCUCACACGGCAAAGAGACAGAGGCGGGCAGAUAACGCACCAUUCGACAAGGAGCCUGGGGCCAGCAGCGUAACGUGUCUUGUGAAUCAACCACAUCCUUUUGGCAGGGACAUAAAAGGGCUGUCUUAACGCUUUAAAGGUUUUUUGUUUCCUAAUGCAAUAAAAAUAAAAAAAUAAACAUACGGAAGUCCCGAAUUAUUGCUUCAGAACAGCAACGGUAACUUGGAAGACGCUUUCAUGCAGCAGUCUGCUUUGCAGUUGUAAGGAGGCACAGCCCUGUGACUCGCUGCAGCGGGGCUGUCUUUUAACCUAGGGGCCGACUGACUGUGCCGCAUAGCUCCCCGGCAGGCCCACCUUCCCAGGAAGUUGGUCGUAGCAUUGCCACAAGCAAGUCCUGUUCGUUUUGUUUCACGUACUUUGGCUUCACGUUGUUUUUCCCUUAUGACCAUGCCUUUGAGUUUACGGCAUUAGAGGGGAGCUAGAGCAUCCUUGUACAGUAUUUUCGGAGUAAAGAAGAGGAGAAUUCGCCAGCAUCAUACAGAAUUUCUAUUUUUGCUUCACAAACGUCGCCUUUGACACAAGACUGUGGGGUAGCAGGAGUCUGUUUGCCAUUUUUUCCCACCGAGAAUCAGGGCUUAAGAACCACCACCCACUUCCCCACAUGGGCAUUCCUGAGAUUCGUGCAGUCUUCCAGCCAGCUCUGCAACCACCAGCGCCAGUUGAAAAUCCCUCUGUUUGGUGCCAUCUGCAUAUUCAACGUUUUCUUUCCAGUAGUUUUGCCCUUCUGCUGUAACAGUCUUCAAUAACCUUAUUGAGACAAAAACCACUGAGAAAGCUCUGAGCUUUUCUCCCUGCUCUUCGACUGCCCAAUUUUUACUUAAUUCAUUGUUGCAAUCGCAGUGAAACCUCUGCAUCCAACACCUACUCAUGGAAGAGGUUACAUUUUCACCUCUAUGGUGAGGUGAUUUGACCAGCAAGUCACUCCAUCCCUCACAGUCCCACCGUCAUCACCACUGCAUAUCCCACGGACAGGCUGAAAGAAGGUGAUCAGAAAAUCAGGCUGCUGCAAGAAAAGAAGGAAUCAAACUCGAGCAUACCGCCAUAUGUUCCGUAGUGUGUCAGACUUUCAGAUCCCACAAGUGUUAGUUAUUUUUCCUGGAAGAGAUUUUAAUGAGCAGCAAGGAGAGGAUGGAAUGAUGCAGACCAGAGGCACAACGUGUCCCAUGGAGCCAGGAUUACAUCUGAAAGCAUUUCUGCUUUUAAACCCUACACAAAUCUUUGCAUUUACCUUCAGAUGAACUGUACACCUGUGUAUUACUCCAGGAGGGAUCUGGUUCCCUCGCCCUGAUGGGUGAUGGCUGCAUUUGGUGCACGGGGAGCAUUGGUGCGGGGUUGGAGCGGCGGUGGUUUCUGCUGCCAGCUGGAUGAGCUCCAGAAACAUGAUGGAACAGCGAGAUCUCACUCCUGUGAAUGUAGAGGACUGUUUCCUGUGUCUUGAGAAGGUGCAGGAUGGCUCCCAAAGGGAAUGUGGACCGUGAGCUUCACUUGUCCUACAUGGUGGCCAUUGUCUCAAGCCUGGAUCCAUCCCAAAGACUCAUUUCUGCUCUUUGUUCUUGGUUACUAGUUCAUUUAACCUGUAUUUUUCCAGUAACCUGAUGUGAAAAUGUACUUCCCAUUUUUCUGUCUCCCACUUCCCCUUAGAUCUCAUGUAUCUGUUUAGGAUUUUGCCUUUAGGCGCGUGUUGCUAUUUAUCACCUUCACAACGCUGCUGUUUUCUUGGUGCCCCCCUCCAUCUCCAAAGAUGACAGCUGUCAUUUCCAAGGCAGCUGAGUCGUUUUUCUGCCUUUCACAAACACACAUUUCUGUAUUUCUGUUCUGCUGUGACUAAUAGAGGUCAGCUACAAAAUACUGUGCAGAAAUCGUUACAUCUCACAGAAGAUGGAGGGAUUUGUGUUUGCUGUAGGGCAGGACCAGACUUCAAACCAACAGCAGAAAAUGAUAGGCAAGCUCUGAGCGCAGGAUUCACACUGAUGGGGAACUCAGGGUUGCUCCCAAAGCUUGCUAUGUUGGACGUUGCAAAAAAGGAUCUUGGAGGUCCUUUUGAGGGGACUGUCAUCCAUGUUUUCAGGUCUCAGGGGCGUAUUAAAGGUGGGAACAGCAAAAAAGAAGCCCAAACAUUGCCACUGAGUGGUACUUACUACCUUUUUUUUUUUCUUUUUCUUUUUUGGUGUUUAUUUUUUGUUUGUUUGUUUUCCUCUGGGACAGUGCUGGAGUGAACGUGGGAAGCAGAGCAGAUGGAGCUGGAGCUGAGGUGGGCACCAACCCACCAGCCCCUCUCAACUCAGCAGCUCCAAAGAAAACACGUAGAGCAGGCAUUUCUCCACAUUCUUCUCACUCAUCCGACAGCUAACACCAGGCAGACUCCAAUUAUAACAGCUACCUUACAGACAAGAUAAUCUUUUCCAUUCCUUCAAGAUUUCUGGAAGGCUCUGUAAUUUCUACACGCAUGUUUCAUGAAAACUUUUGUAAAUACAGUCAUUGUUCAGCACAGUUCUUCACCUUGAACAUCCAUUUGUAAAACCAAACCUAUAAUUAAUAUAUUGGUAAAAGCCAUAGCCUGGGGUCAGUAGAGUUCAUUGCAAAACUCCCCACUGAUUUUACUGGGUACGGGAUUUGGGGAUUUUUAGUUUUACUUUUUUUCUGUGGGGAACCCAAUGUAUCCACUAUGAAUGAGUGCCAUGUCUUUGCAGAGGUCUCCUUUUCCUUCCUAGACCAGCCUUUCUUCAUCUAAAGCAUCCUGAAGCUAUUCCUUCUUUCAUUAGUUGGGCUCAUCAAGUAGCUAGUGGCAAUGUAGGAUGGAUCAGGCCACACCAUUUCAACCCUUCCUCUCCCAAGCAACUUCCAGUGACGCUUUCCCAUCCUUUCUAGCCAGCAGCACUGAACCUUUGUCUCCUACUUAUCUCCCUGGUUCCAUUUAUAUAACAUCCAUUUAUCUUUUUUUUUUUCUUUUUCCUCCUUCAUAAGCGGGGGGGAAAAAAGGACUUUUUAUUGCUUUUACAGACAGUAGGUAAAAAUAGAGCGAUAAAAUUUUGAUUGGAACCUGAUGGCAAAGGUUUAGGAGGAAGAAAGUAAAAGAAUAAAGAAAUAAAAAUAAAAAACCCACAUCCCCUACUUUAAAAAAAAAAAAAAGAAGAAGAA